AUGUGCAUCUCCGACAUCCUGUCCGCCCCAGAGACCGCCACCAAGCCCAUCAUGAUCGAGUACAAGAUCCGCAUCUCCGAGAAGGAGGAGUACAUCAAGACCGAUGCGUCGAGCUGCACGUCCUCUACCGAGACGCUCACCAGCCCUCCUGUCUACGAGGCCAAGCCGCCUACCACCGUGACCAUCUCGUCGCCUCGCACCAAGAGCACCUUCUUCGGCCGCAUCUUCUCGCGCAAAACCAAGAAGUCUUCUUCUCCCCGCCUGCCGAGCUAUCGCGAGGCCGAGAUCGCCGAGGCGUGGGCCAAGGUCGGCAUCGAUGUCAACAACCGCAAGCACGGUCCUCGACCCAAGUGCACCCCUGAGGAGCUGCUCGAAGCUAUGGAUGGGCUCUUUGGCUCUCGCACCCCUUCCAAGGCCACUGCCUAG